AUGUAUGCCCUCUUUGGCUUCGUACCCGGCAUUGGUGAUUGUGACGCAUACGCCAAAGUAACCCCGGCGAUCUAUGUCAUUGCUCAGAUGGGUAUCAAUGCCAUCUUUUGCCUUCGCAAUUACGCCAUCUACAAUCGCAGCAGAAAGAUCUUGGCCAUUGCGGUGCUCUCGACAGUGAUACUGGCCGGCUUCGCAGUCGCUUGCCCUUUUGCGCUCGCCGCAACUAGUACUCCAACAGGCUACUGCCUCUUUUUCAAGUUUGAACGCUGGGUGGUCAGCUCUUUUGUGUUUAUCAUGUUAAACAACCUAUUGCAAGUGAGCCUGAUGGUUGCGCAAUUUGUUCGGCUGGGUCCGUACAGGCUGCAUCACAUCCUCCGCCCUUCAUCUGCCGCUAUCAAGAUCCCAAGCUUCUAUCUUGCUUUUAUCGAACAAGGUCUCGUCUACUGGUUCGUUUCCCUAUUUGCAAAUACGGCAAUUGUCGCAGUCAGCACUUCGAACAUCUCGAGUUUUUACGACGGAUUGCUAAUGCCCGUGGUCCUAGUGAUCGAGAUUGCCGUGGCAGGCAGGAUAUUCCGAUCGGCCCAUAACACUUCCCAUCGGGCUGCCACCUCUCAGCGCCAGGACAUGUCAGUAAAGCGGUCUGCAAAUCACGAAGCCGGAGAUGAUCGGCUCAACUCAUGCAAUCGCGGCCUUUGCAUCGGCGGACCCCUGAUCUGGGGAAAUCGAGAGGAGAGCAUUCAAUUUCGUCGGAUGCCGUCUGCAAAUCAAGCCUCCUGGCUCGACGCGGAAGAGGUACUCAAGACCAUUGUUGAGGAGAGCCCAAGGAUACCGUAA